AUGAGAGAGCCGCUGCUGAAGAUUCUAGCGCUGAAUGGCGUUAGCUACGUCAGCGCCGAUGUUCAAUUUAUCGAGUUCUGGGAGGAAGCAGACGAAUUCGCGGCCGAGAUUUUCACCAAGAUCAACUUGGUCAGCGGCAAGAAAUUCGCCUCGUCUUUUCAAAAUCGUUACGAGAGAGCCAAACGAGCAGCCGAGUUCUACCAGGAUAGCGGCCCAUGCGACUCGUCCUUCACCGACCCAACCUACCAGCUGGUCGAAAUGAAGAGAUUCGAUCCACGAGAAGCGAUGGCCACGAAUCUGGUGAACUUGGCAGAUAUGCUUGAUGGCUGGAUGGAUUCAUACGCUUGCCUCGAAGCUCAUGAUAGAGUUUCGGGAAAGAAAAUUCGAGUUCCUAGACGGUCUGUCAAGGAUAUAAGAAAGCUUUCCGAGCGUAAGGAAUAUCAGGAGACCGAGUACGCGUACGAAAUAUCCGCAGAAGAAAUGGAUUUUGAUGAAGCUCUUGCUUACUGCUAUCUCCGUGGAAGUUGGCUUGCCGAGCCUGCUGGCGAUAAAAACCGCGUCGGCGCUCUCCGAGAAGCCUUGAGCGAGACAGGACGCUACUGGUACGAUGGCGACAACUCUUGCACUUCCAUCAACGGUGAAGGAAGAAUCCAGGCGGAGAAUUGCCAGGAACAACUCAAGGCUGUCUGCGAGUCCGGGCAUUUCACGGAUAAGUGCUACGCUGGGUCUUACAAAACUUGCGUCAGCAGUGGUGAUCCUCACUAUACAACAUUUGACGGGGAAUUUCAUCACUUCCAGGGAACUUGCGAGUACACGAUGGUGGAAGUCGACACUGUCCAGUACCCAAACAUGCCUUGGUUCAAAGUCCGCGCGGACCUCGCUGCAAUGACGCUCAAUUCACCCUACACGUGGAACCGAGGCUUCGUUUUUGAGUUUCAAGGAAAGGAUCAAGCUGAAGACGAGGCUCCUAGAUACACUGUGAAUGCUGACGGCUGGAAAUGGCUCAUGCGCGGAAUGGUUUUAGAAGAUCGUGAAUUAGGCGAGUUCUACACCGAUGAUUUCUACGGCAACCCGGAUUUUCAACUCUCUACGAAUGGCAAUACAGUGACAAUUACGACUUGGUUUGGAGUUACUGUCCUCUACCAAGCAGGAUCGAGGCUCGAUGUGACUAUUCCAGACUGCUACCAGGACAAUGUCGAUGGACUUUGCGGAAACUGGGAUGGAAUUCAAUACGAUGAAUUCGACCAGAUUUCAAGCACUCAAUUUGGAAACUGGAAAGCCUACCAAGAAGGGCUUACAGACUGGGCUGAACAAUUUGAAGAACCAGAUGACCGUUGUCGACAAAUUCAUGAUUUUGAGUGCGAAGUCGACCUCACUACCGCCAUUGAUGAAUGCCUUCCACUAGAUCCGAACAACGCCGCUUCUGUUUUCGCAUCAUGUGACCUGGACAAGUCAUCAUACCACACGUCAUGCAUCCUGGACACCUGUGAAGAUGACUCUAAUCGAUGCGAAUCCUUCAAAAACUACGCUCAAGCUUGCAUGAAUCCACCAAUUUCGCUUACUCACUGGCUAGCUGGAACUGCUCCUACAAUUCCGGACCUAUGUAACUGGGCUAGCGAUCUCGGUUGCGAAGAAACAUGCGGUGAAAACGCAGUCUGGAAUGGAUGCGCGUCCGCUUGCAGUGGAAGUAGAACUUGCCAAAACCAACACCUUCCAGUAUUCCGGCGGUGCGGUUUUUUCUCCAAUCUUGGAUUUCAGCUUACACAGAGCAUGUGCGUAUGCGAGCCCGGAUUCAUCCUUGAGUUCGGAGUCUGCAUUCCUGAAUCUGAUUGUGGCUGCACUAUCGAGUCUGGUCCGAAACAAGGGCACUAUCUCAAGCUCGGAGAAAACACGCGAACUGAAGAAGAUUUGAUUGAGUGUACUUCUACAGGACUAGUCAUCACGCCUCUCCCGUGCGACGAGAAAACAAGAGGAGUCAUAACAGUUCACAGUGAUCCAUACAUCGCGCCAAUCGACGGAGUCUCGGACGGCUUUGAAUGGGGCUUCCACGGCAAUUGUCGCUACAAUCUCGCCACUGUUGAAGAUUCCGCUACUCUGCCUGGUUUCAACAUUGAUAUCAAAAAUCGAAGACGAGAAGAUUGGAGUUCCGGAAGCGGCUCGGUAAUCGACGAAAUCUGGAUUGAAUUUCACUCGAACACAUACACUCUCGGUGAUUCCAAACGCUACUCCAUCUAUCUAAAUAAUAUUGAUAAUUCGAAUAGCAAAAGCAACUUCAAUGCACGUGUUCUUCUGACUGAUAAUUUCAGUCGUCUUCAAUACGACUCAUCAGUUCUUAUUUACGAGAACAACUUCUUAGAUGUAAAUAUGACUGUAAGCUCGAAGAUGAUACAGAUCACUUUCUGGAACAAUGUUUACAUGCAAUUCGACGAUGACUACUGGAAUUUCGAAGCGCACAUAACACCGUGCUACAAAGGCCUUAUCAGUGGUCUCAGCGGAAACUGGAAUGAUGAUCAACGUGAUGAAGAGCGUAUGGAAGAUGACUACAAAGCAGACUCAGAAGCCUUCGGCGAACUUUACGUCACUGAAAAGGAUGGCAUUUGCACCCAUGGAGAAUGGUUUGAACCCUGCAAUAAUCUAACAAGUGUUGAAUUUGCCGAAGCAAGAGAGCGCUGCCAUGUGCUCAAGGAUGGGAAAUCACCUUCAGAGAUCUUCAGUUAUUGCACUGGAAUCGACAAGCAGCCAUAUUUCGACAUGUGUCUCUUUAACACUUGCGUUCAAGACGAUUUCGCUUGUGGACACAUAAACGACUUUGCGCAAAAAUGUCUUGCAACCAAGCACCCUGAUGUCUGGUACUACGACGAGAUUUGUAGCUGGCCAUCGAGAACAGGCUGUGAACAGAACUGUCCAGGAGGCCAGGUGUUCAAGGGAUGCUCGACUGAAUGCAUCGAAGCGAGGACUUGCAACGAUGUAGUUGAUGGAAUCACGAAUAAACAGCGAUGUGGCAACGAACUAGUACGAGGUCCGAUGUGCGGAUGCCCACAUGGUCAAGUCUGGCACGGAGAUCAGUGCAUCGACGAAAGUGAAUGUCCAACUGACUGUGCUUCGGAGACGACGAGCCAUUGCAGAGCCUGGGGCGAUCCUCACUACACCACGUUGGACGGAGAAACUCACCACUUCCAAGGAGCAUGCAAAUACACCUUCAUCGAAUCUGAAGGCGUCGAUGAAUACCGUAACAUGCCUGCUUUCAAAAUCAUUGUCGAUCAACGAAGAUGCGGUGCGAACAAUCUUGCUGUUUCUUGCGUCCAGGGUUUCACUUUUGAAUUUUUCGCAAAGGACCAAUUGCCAAACGAGAUUCCAAGAUUUAUGCUUGCAGUUGAUAACGAACUGAUUGUUCUCGAAGAUCGAACUGGUGUUUCGUAUACUUCAAAUAAAGAUAAUCUUCCAGAUUUCUUUUUCGAAGUCAAUGGAAAUUCCGUGAAGCUUACAACUUGGUUCGACGUUGAUAUUGAAUACUCCUACACGGAUCGCGGCGACCACUGGGGCUAUCACGCAGACUUGAAAGCAGCGAUUCCAGAUUGCUAUCAAAAUCAAGUAUCCGGUCUUUGCGGAAACUACAACUCCCAGCUAUAUGAUGAAUUUAGCCGACUUCAAAGCUUAGGCGCGAAUUGGCAAGGGCAAUGGAGAGAUCAUCAGCUUGAGCUGAACGCUUGGGCGAAUGAUUUCUCGGAGCCAGAUCCUCGAUGCCGAGAAGUACAUGACAUUGAGUGCGAUGAUAUCGAUGAAGUGUCGGAUCUAUGCGUUUCUCUUGACGAGACUUUACCCGGUGGACCAUUCAACGGUUGCCCUAAUGAUAAGUCUGGAUUCUACAUCGCUUGCCUUGUUGAUGCAUGUGAAAACAGAGACUCUGUCUGUCAAUCAUUAAAGGCAUAUGCAACUGAAUGCAUGAAUGCUGUUACCGCUGGAAGCACAACCAGAACUGAGGUUUGCGAAUGGGCAAGAGAACUUGGCUGCGAGGAGACUUGUGGCGAGAAUAUGGAGUUCCAAGGAUGUGCAAGUGUCUGUUCUGCAUCAAGAACAUGUAUGAAUAGACAUGUUACUGAUGAUGAAAGAUGCGGGGCAGAUGUCGGUAGGAUUGAAAGCAUGUGUGUUUGUCAACCUGGCUUCAUUCUCGACAAUGGAGAAUGCAUUCCUGAGGAAAAUUGUGGAUGCGUUUGGGAUCACAACGGCGUUUACUACCAGCAAGACGCAGAAUUUGCUAACGAUGAUGAGCGAUGCACAUGCACGUCCACUGGUGUUCAAUGCACUCCGAUCCCAUGCAAUGAAAAAACGAGAGGAGAGUGCAUAGUUCACAGUGAUCCAUAUAUCAAAACACUUGAUGGACCUCAAUAUAUGUUUCACGGAAACUGUCGUUACAAUCUUAUGUCUGUCGCUGAUACAAGAACUCUUCCAGGAUUCAACAUUGAGUUCAAAAGUCGACGCGGUGUUUUCGAAAACAACCCGGAAGGCUCAAUAAUUGACGAGUUUUGGAUCGAAUUUCAUGAAAAAAAUUAUUCUUUCGGGGAUGAAAAACGUUAUUUAUUGUACAUAAAUGACAUAAAUAAUUCUGACGAAGAGGAGUAUGUGUCCUUAGAAUUCAUUCUUACGGACAGAAAAACCGAUCAAACCAUCAGAGGCUCCUCGAAGACGGAGCUUAAGACAGAAGAUUAUGAAAUCGAGCUUUAUUCGAGACAGUGGGAACUUGAUCUUUAUCUUCCCAUGUAUGAUAUAGAUAUUAAAUACACUUUUGACUGGUGGACAUUCACAGUGAACCUUCCACAAUGCUACAAAGAACAAGUCUCCGGAAUGUGCGGAGAUUGGAAUGAAAACGUUGCAGAAGAAAACAGUAUGAAACUAGCAUAUGAGAACGAUUCGGACGCAUUUGGAGAGCUUUUUGUUACUCAAAAAGAUGGUAUUUGCAGUCAUGGUACUCAUUUUGAACCAUGCGAAGAUCUGUCUGAUGCUGACUAUAAAAUUGUUACCGACCAGUGCUUCGAGCUUCUUGAUGAGAACGAGGAUCAAUUUGGAAAGGCCUUCGGAUCUUGUCAUAUUGAUAAACAGCCAUAUUAUGAUACUUGUCUAUUUAAUAGCUGUAUAAGACCAGACAUUGGCUGCGGUACCCUCAGAAAUUAUGCUCAAGAAUGCUUAAAAACAAAAAAUAUUCAUACAACUGGCUAUUGGGAAGUUUGCAAAUGGCCAAAGACAACAGGAUGCGAAAAAGAAUGUCCAGAAACUCAAAUCUAUAAGGGCUGCACAAGUGCGUGCCAUGAAGCGAGAACAUGUGACGAUAUCGCCGAUGGUAUCGACAUUAUGGAAAGAUGCAAGGAUGAACCAAGAAUUCAACCAAUGUGUGGUUGUGGUUGGGGAAAAAUAUGGCAUAAUGAAAAGUGUAUUGACGAAGAUGAAUGCCCUCGAGAUGCUGUAUCUACGAGCACAGCUAGAUGUCGAGCAUGGGGAGAUCCCCAUUAUACAACAUUCGAUGGAGGACAGCAUCAUUUCCAGGGAGCCUGCAAAUACACCUUUGUCGAGUCAGGCGGAAAUUCAAACUUUAGAAAUAUGCCAGCUUUCAAAAUUGAUGUUGACCAAAGACAAUGCGGCGAUGUUGCUAACGCAGUCACUUGCAUCAACGGCUGGACAUUCGAAUUCCCAGGGAGAAAGCAACCUGCGGAUGAAGUUCCAAGAUACAUUGUCACGCUUAUGGGAUCAAGGAUUGUCCUGGACGAUCGUCAAGCAGGAAGCUAUGAUUUGACUUUUGAAAACGAUGACGUUCUUAUGGAAAUAAACGGAAAUCAUUUCAGAGUCAAAACUUGGUUCGGCGCCGAUCUCAACUAUUUCCACUUCGCCGACCUCCGAGUCGAUCUUCCAGACUACUACAUGAAUCACGUUUUCGGCCUUUGCGGAAACUGGAACGGUAUUGCAUAUGACGAGUUUAGCCGAGCUCAAGGUCUUGGAAACUGGAGAGCUCAUCAAACUGAGCUCGUUGAAUGGGCGAACGACUUUGCCGAGCCUGAUCCUCGAUGCCGAGAAGUUCACGAUUUUGAGUGCGAUGACAUCGAUGAAGUCACUGACAUGUGUGUUGCGCUCGAUAAGAAUAUUCUUGGCGGGCCUUUCAACCAGUGCACUGUUGACAAAGAUGACUUCCAUCUCGCCUGUCUGGUUGACACCUGCGAAGAUAGAACGGCUCUCUGCUCUACUCUAAAAGCAUACGCGACAGAGUGCUUGAACAAUAUUGCGACAAAUCUACGACCACAAGUCUGCUCUUGGGCGAAUGAGCUUGGCUGUGAGGAAGAGUGUGGCGAAAACAUGGUAUUUGAUGGAUGUGCUAAUGUCUGCUCGGCGAGGAGAACAUGUGCGAAUCGACAUUUGACAGAUGAGCAACGAUGUGGAGACUCAGUUGACGAGAUCGAUAGCAUGUGUGUUUGCCAGCCGGGAUACAUCUUCGACAAUGGACGCUGCAUUGAAGAAAGUGAAUGCGGCUGCUUCUAUCUCCACUGCUAUUACGAACAAGGCGAGUUCAGACAUGACGAUGAAAUCUGCGAGUGUACGUCGACUGGAGUCACUUGUAGACCACUUCCUUGUGAGGAAAAAUCAUGGGGAUAUUGCAGAGCCCAUAAUGAUCCGUAUAUUAAACCUUUCGAUGGUUGGAAUCAACUCAGCUUCCAUGGUGAUUGCCGAUAUAACUUAGCGAGUGCAGAAGACACAGUCGACUAUCCUGGCUUCAAUGUGGAUACGAAAAAUCGUCGGCCAUGGCUUCCAUUCGCUGGCGCUGUUACCGAUGAGCUCUGGUUUGAUUUCCACGCAGCUGAUUACACACUCGGAGACGAAAAAAGAUACUCCCUCCACAUUCGAAAUCUUGAUGAUUCAUCUUCAUGGAGAGAUGUCAGAUUCGAAUUUACCCUGACAGACAAUCUUACUGGAGUAAAAUUGUAUGAUGCUGUCUCGCAAAUCACACGAAAUAUGUAUGUGUCAACGGACGAUUUCUAUUUAUCUGUAACAAGAUCAUGGUUGACUGGUGCUGUGAACUCAGUCUAUCUACGAGCUCACGGCAGUGUCUAUAUAAGAUUCUCAUACUAUUCUUGGUCGGCGUAUGUGGGCGUUUCUAAUUGUUACCAAAAUCAAGUGACGGGUCUCUGUGGCAAUUUCAAUGGCGAUAAUUCAGAAGAAAGAGACUACAUAACACAGUACGCUCUUGAUAGUGAUGCAUUUGGCGAUCAAUUCCAAACUGAUGAUGACAACACGUGCUCUCACGGCGAUAGACUCGCUCCUUGCGAAGAUCUAUCAGCCGCUGAUUACGAUGCAGCAGCUGACCGUUGCGACGCCGUUCGGCAAUCGCCUCAGAACUCAGCUAAUCGCAACAUUUUCGCCGGUUGUGAGUUCCUCGGAGAUCGAACUCCAACUUACGAAGCUUGCCUGUUCAACAGCUGUAUUCAAGACGAUCUUCACUGUGGUAUCAUUGGUGACUACGCUUCUAGAUGUCUCGAAGGUAAAAGUCCACUCUCUGCUGACUACGAAAGAAUUUGCAAUUGGGCAGCAGCAACAGGCUGCGAGGAGGAGUGUCCCGUCGGUCAGGUCUACAAGGGCUACUCUGAUCGCUGUCAGAAUGACGACAUCAUUACUGCAAUGUGCGGCUGCGCGGACGGCAAAGUUUUGCAUAACGGCGAAUGUAUUGAAGAAGAAGAUUGCCCCAAAUACGCCGUUUCAACUGGUUCUCGUCGAUGCACAGGACAGGGAGAUCCUCAUUACACAACUUUUGAUGGCGGAAGACAUCAUUUCCAAGGAGCUUGCAAGUACACAUUCGUCGAGUCAGAAGGAGAUUCUGAGUUUUUCAAUAUGCCCGCUUUCAAAAUUGAUGUAGACCAAAGACAAUGUGGCAAUGUUGCGAACGCAGUGUCUUGCAUUAACGGCUGGACAUUCGAAUUCCCAGGUCAAACUCAAGGUCCGGAAGAAGUUCCGCGAUACAUUGUGACUCUUAUGGGAAGAAAUAUAGUUUUGGACGAUCGUCAAGCAGGAAAUUACGAUCUGACAUUCGAAAAUGAUGAUGUUCUUAUGGAAAUCAACGGAAAUCAUUUCAGAGUAAAAACAUGGUUCGGCGCUGAUCUCAACUAUUUCUUCUUCGCUCAUCUAAGAGUUGAUCUACCAGACUACUACAUGAAUCACGUUUUCGGCCUUUGCGGAAACUGGAACGGUAUUGCAUAUGACGAGUUUAGCCGAGCUCAAGGUCUUGGAAACUGGAGAGCUCAUCAAACUGAGCUCGUUGAAUGGGCGAACGACUUUGCCGAGCCUGAUCCUCGAUGCCGAGAAGUUCACGAUUUUGAGUGCGAUGACAUCGAUGAAGUCACUGACAUGUGUGUUGCGCUCGAUAAGAAUAUUCUUGGCGGGCCUUUCAACCAGUGCACUGUUGACAAAGAUGACUUCCAUCUCGCCUGUCUGGUUGACACCUGCGAAGAUAGAACGGCUCUCUGCUCUACUCUAAAAGCAUACGCGACAGAGUGCUUGAACAAUAUUGCGACAAAUCUACGACCACAAGUCUGCUCUUGGGCGAAUGAGCUUGGCUGUGAGGAAGAGUGUGGCGAAAACAUGGUAUUUGAUGGAUGUGCUAAUGUCUGCUCGGCGAGGAGAACAUGUGCGAAUCGACAUUUGACAGAUGAGCAACGAUGUGGAGACUCAGUUGACGAGAUCGAUAGCAUGUGUGUUUGCCAGCCGGGAUACAUCUUCGACAAUGGACGCUGCAUUGAAGAAAGUGAAUGCGGCUGCUUCUAUCUCCACUGCUAUUACGAACAAGGCGAGUUCAGACAUGACGAUGAAAUCUGCGAGUGUACGUCGACUGGAGUCACUUGUAGACCACUUCCUUGUGAGGAAAAAUCAUGGGGAUAUUGCAGAGCCCAUAAUGAUCCGUAUAUUAAACCUUUCGAUGGUUGGAAUCAACUCAGCUUCCAUGGUGAUUGCCGAUAUAACUUAGCGAGUGCAGAAGACACAGUCGACUAUCCUGGCUUCAAUGUGGAUACGAAAAAUCGUCGGCCAUGGCUUCCAUUCGCUGGCGCUGUUACCGAUGAGCUCUGGUUUGAUUUCCACGCAGCUGAUUACACACUCGGAGACGAAAAAAGAUACUCCCUCCACAUUCGAAAUCUUGAUGAUUCAUCUUCAUGGAGAGAUGUCAGAUUCGAAUUUACCCUGACAGACAAUCUUACUGGAGUAAAAUUGUAUGAUGCUGUCUCGCAAAUCACACGAAAUAUGUAUGUGUCAACGGACGAUUUCUAUUUAUCUGUAACAAGAUCAUGGUUGACUGGUGCUGUGAACUCAGUCUAUCUACGAGCUCACGGCAGUGUCUAUAUAAGAUUCUCAUACUAUUCUUGGUCGGCGUAUGUGGGCGUUUCUAAUUGUUACCAAAAUCAAGUGACGGGUCUCUGUGGCAAUUUCAAUGGCGAUAAUUCAGAAGAAAGAGACUACAUAACACAGUACGCUCUUGAUAGUGAUGCAUUUGGCGAUCAAUUCCAAACUGAUGAUGACAACACGUGCUCUCACGGCGAUAGACUCGCUCCUUGCGAAGAUCUAUCAGCCGCUGAUUACGAUGCAGCAGCUGACCGUUGCGACGCCGUUCGGCAAUCGCCUCAGAACUCAGCUAAUCGCAACAUUUUCGCCGGUUGUGAGUUCCUCGGAGAUCGAACUCCAACUUACGAAGCUUGCCUGUUCAACAGCUGUAUUCAAGACGAUCUUCACUGUGGUAUCAUUGGUGACUACGCUUCUAGAUGUCUCGAAGGUAAAAGUCCACUCUCUGCUGACUACGAAAGAAUUUGCAAUUGGGCAGCAGCAACAGGCUGCGAGGAGGAGUGUCCCGUCGGUCAGGUCUACAAGGGCUGUACUACUGAGUGCAGAGAGCAAAAAACAUGCGAAGACAUCGCAAAUGGUGUUUCAGACUCUGAUCGCUGUCAGAAUGACGACAUCAUUACUGCAAUGUGCGGCUGCGCGGACGGCAAAGUUUUGCAUAACGGCGAAUGUAUUGAAGAAGAAGAUUGCCCCAAAUACGCCGUUUCAACUGGUUCUCGUCGAUGCACAGGACAGGGAGAUCCUCAUUACACAACUUUUGAUGGCGGAAGACAUCAUUUCCAAGGAGCUUGCAAGUACACAUUCGUCGAGUCAGAAGGAGAUUCUGAGUUUUUCAAUAUGCCCGCUUUCAAAAUUGAUGUAGACCAAAGACAAUGUGGCAAUGUUGCGAACGCAGUGUCUUGCAUUAACGGCUGGACAUUCGAAUUCCCAGGUCAAACUCAAGGUCCGGAAGAAGUUCCGCGAUACAUUGUGACUCUUAUGGGAAGAAAUAUAGUUUUGGACGAUCGUCAAGCAGGAAAUUACGAUCUGACAUUCGAAAAUGAUGAUGUUCUUAUGGAAAUCAACGGAAAUCAUUUCAGAGUAAAAACAUGGUUCGGCGCUGAUCUCAACUAUUUCUUCUUCGCUCAUCUAAGAGUUGAUCUACCAGACUACUACAUGAAUCACGUUUUCGGCCUUUGCGGAAACUGGAACGGUAUUGCAUAUGACGAGUUUAGCCGAGCUCAAGGUCUUGGAAACUGGAGAGCUCAUCAAACUGAGCUCGUUGAAUGGGCGAACGACUUUGCCGAGCCUGAUCCUCGAUGCCGAGAAGUUCACGAUUUUGAGUGCGAUGACAUCGAUGAAGUCACUGACAUGUGUGUUGCGCUCGAUAAGAAUAUUCUUGGCGGGCCUUUCAACCAGUGCACUGUUGACAAAGAUGACUUCCAUCUCGCCUGUCUGGUUGACACCUGCGAAGAUAGAACGGCUCUCUGCUCUACUCUAAAAGCAUACGCGACAGAGUGCUUGAACAAUAUUGCGACAAAUCUACGACCACAAGUCUGCUCUUGGGCGAAUGAGCUUGGCUGUGAGGAAGAGUGUGGCGAAAACAUGGUAUUUGAUGGAUGUGCUAAUGUCUGCUCGGCGAGGAGAACAUGUGCGAAUCGACAUUUGACAGAUGAGCAACGAUGUGGAGACUCAGUUGACGAGAUCGAUAGCAUGUGUGUUUGCCAGCCGGGAUACAUCUUCGACAAUGGACGCUGCAUUGAAGAAAGUGAAUGCGGCUGCUUCUAUCUCCACUGCUAUUACGAACAAGGCGAGUUCAGACAUGACGAUGAAAUCUGCGAGUGUACGUCGACUGGAGUCACUUGUAGACCACUUCCUUGCGAGGAAAGAAAAUGGGCGUUUUGCAAGGCCCAUAAUGAUCCGUAUAUUAAACCUUUCGACGGUUAUUAUCAACUCGGCUUUCAUGGUGAUUGUCGAUAUAAUCUUGCAAGUGCUGAAGAUACAAUCGACUUUCCUGGCUUCAAUGUUGAUACGAAAAAUCGUCGUCCAUGGCUGCCUUUUGUUGGGGCUGUCACUGAUGAGCUGUGGUUCGAUUUUCAUGCAGCCAAUUAUGUGUUUGGAGAUGAGAAGAGAUAUUCUGUUCACAUUCGCAAUAUAGACGAUUCAGCAAAUUAUAGGAACACCAAAUUAGAAAUCACGUUCAUUGAUAAUCUGACUGGAGAAAGGAUAUUUGAUGCUUACUCAAAGAUGCCUGAUCGGACUCAACGUCUUAAUACUGAUGAUUAUUACAUUUAUUUAUCAAAAUGGCGAGGCAGCGAUGAUAUUAAAAAUGUAUAUAUAAGGGUUCAUGAAAAUUUAUAUGUCAGAUUCGAAGCAUAUUACUGGAAAGCAAAAGUUGGUGUUUCAAGUUGCUACCAGAAUAAAGUAACUGGUCUCUGCGGCAAUUUUAAUGACAAUUUUUCUGAAGAAAGAGAGUUUAUAAGGCAGUACGCUCUCGACAGUGACGCUUUUGGAGAACAAUUCAAGACUGAUGAUGACACAACAUGCUCACAUGGUGACAGAAUAGCACCAUGUGAAGAUUUAUCUACAGCAGAAUACAACGAAGCAGCUGAUCGAUGUGACCCUGUUCGCCAAUCGCCUAAUGUUUAUACAAAUCGCAACAUAUUCGCAGGCUGUGAAUUCCUUGGAGAUAGAACACCAACUUACGAAGCUUGCCUUUUCAACAGCUGCAUUCAAGAUGAUCUCCAUUGCGGUAUCAUGCGAGAUUAUGCGUCAAGUUGUCUCGAAGGCAAAGAUCCACUAUCUGCUGAUUACGAUAGAAUUUGCAAUUGGGCUGCGGCUACAGGCUGUGAAGAAGAGUGUCCCGCUGGCCAGGUCUAUAAAGGCUGUGGAAACAUGUGCCAUGAGCUUCAAACAUGCGAAGAUGUUGUCCGAGGCGUAAGCAAGGAGAAUCGAUGUGAAUUUUCAACCCUCAAUUUUGUCGAGGGAAUGUGCGGUUGUCCAGAGGGAAAAGUUCUUGAGGGCGGCGUCUGUGUUCCUGAAUCAUCGUGUGGCUGUCUUACUGAAGACGAUGAUUACGUCGAACUCAACGGUGAAAUUUUCACUGAAACAGAGAGAUGCACUUGUGGAAGUGAAGGAUUGACAUGCGAAGCAUUGUCCUGCCCAUGUGAUGGUUUUGAUACUUGCACCAAUUUUGUCUGCGCGACACCUCGCGACUAUGUCGGUGGCACAGAGGGAAUUCUCGGAACAUUCGAAGUCACAAAGAACUACGAGCUCGGUUAUGAGUUCACUUGCGAGUACCCAACCGCAGCUGGAGAGCACAUUGGUCCUCACAUUUGGGAUGGGGACUUCACUCGUGUAUCAAUGGCUAGGGAUGUUAUGACCAAUCCUGACACGAAGUUCGCAAGAAGACAAGCACGAAACUGGUGGGAAGAGGGCAAUUUAUGGUUCUUCCAUUCUCGUAGCAGCGGUGGAAGGGCGUGGAUCGGCCAUGAAAACCAAAGUGGAGCAACUUUCAACGAGCUCAUUCACAACGCUUGUGUUCCUGGUUUCAAUAGCAUUCGACUCACUCAAAGCUACGAUGAAAAUUUUAACAUGAUAACGAAAGAAACUUUCCUCAACGGCGAACUUUUGCAAACGAGGAUGUUCGCCGCAAGUGAUGAUAUGUACGAAGGAACAAUGACUGCGUCACUUGCCUCUCCUGCUGUCUUCGCCGCGCCACCAGGGCAGAUUCGAAAUUUUUACGUCAGAGACACUUCCAUGAUUUCAUUUGUCGGCGAAACGCCAGAAUCCGCCAGCGGUGAAAAUGUCCUAAUGGAUGUUGACUUGGAAAAGUCGUUCAAGAUUCAGUUCGAGAUUGAUUGCGGCAAUUCGGUCUUCGGUGCUGGCCACAUUUUGGACAUUCGCGAGCAGAAUGCAGAAAUUCUCGCCUCAGAAGAAGAACUGACGAAUCCAGAAGAAGCUCCUCGAGUUACGGCUGCAGAUAAGCCAUUCCUAGCAAUGAGCCGAUUGCCCGGCUUCCUUUGGCUUGCAUUUGCGGUUGAUGAUGAUGCAAUGGUCACGAACCACGAAAACUUCAAUCUACUCUUCUCCAGUCCAAUCGUUCAAAACAACUGGGAUGGCGAUCUCGACCACGAAGUCGUCCUUAGUUGGGUCGAUCAAUGCCCUGGCGAUAGCUGGAGCACCUUUGUCUUCGAGCACAUCUUCGACGACGAAGCCGGACUUUGGACAAGCAUGUGGUCAAUCAACGGCCUUCCAGUUGUGUCUGCCACAUAUGCUUCUCAAAACUUCCCAGGAAAUUAUCAACUUGGCUUCUCAAAUAAUCCAGCGGGCAGUUUCAUCAGUGACGUUGGAGUCAGAAACUUCUUUUACAAAGAACUUGCAUCACACUCAACCGCAACAGUCUCGACAACAACUUCGACGACGACAACUACGACCUCAUUUACUGGGUUUUGA